GGAAUAUUUAAAAGCAAAGCCGCGCUGCUCAGGCAUGAGAGAGUUCUGCGAGACUGAGAGGCGUUACACGUACACGUUUUUUGGAAUAAUUUAGGUUUGCGCUUGGGAUACGUUUCCAGAAUGAAGUCACCAAAGAUAAAGCCUCAGAGUAAAUCUUUCCUUGAGGAUGACGACGACCUGAACGCGGUGCUGUGCGAGUUCGACGCAGUCAUUGAGGAUUUCACUUCGCCGUUUGAGAAGAGACAUUUCCGAUACGACGAGCACUUAAAGACGAUGAAGAGGCGGAGCAGCGCGAGCGUCAGCGACAGCGGCAUCAGCGACUCAGACAGUGCAGAGUCUCUCAACAGAAACAGCUUCAGCUUCAGCGAUGAGAGGCUCAAUUCUCCCGUGUUCUCGCCUUCACCUACCAGCCCUUCAGUCACAUCACCCAAACCGAAACUUGGUGACACAAAGGAACUGGAAGACUUCAUUGCUGACCUUGAUAAGACAUUAGCAAGCAUGUGACCUGGAGUUAGUUACCAAGUUUAACUCCAUCAGGAAGAGCAAGCAGACAGCAGGCCACACUGGACAGGCACAGUCGUGGGCCUACACGAUGAUGAAACUCAUGAAGACAUCUCUCUGUUUCAUUCAUAAACACCUACACUAUAAGGACUCAUUGUGCUUCCUCUGGAAAACUUGAUCUGGAAGAUUAUUUAAAUGGCUUUUUAUAGAAAUUAUUAUUAUUUGUAAUUGUAUAGAGCCGGUUACUGUAAAUUUUAUCCGUCUUUUGUGAAUAUAUAUUUUUGUAUUCUUAUGUAAAUAGUAAUUGCGUCAAAGUCUAUCGCCUUGUUAUAAGAAGCUUUUCCAUUUAAGAUAUUGCAUUAUUAAUUGAGCUUAACAGAAAUGCACACUUAAUUCACUAGAAAAACUGGAAAGCAUCAUUAAGUGUAUUUAAUACAACUACAGUGCCCUCCACUAAUAUUGGCACACUUGGUAAAUAUGAACAAGGAAGGCUGUGAAAAAUUGUCUUUAUUGUAUAUAUUUGAUGUAUUUAGAUACAUCAAAAUCAACACAAAAAUGGUUUACUGACCACAAAAUUAAGGUCCUGUCAUGGCCAUCCCAGUCCCCUGACUUGAAACGCAUAGAAAUCCUGUGGGGUGAACUGAAGAGGAGAAUCUACCAGCAUAGACCUCGAAAUUUGAAGGAUCUGGAGAGAUUCUGUAUGGAGGAAUGAUCUCAGAUCCCUUGCCAUGUAUUCUCCAACCUCAUCAGGCAUUAUAGGAGAAGACUCAGAGCUGUUUUCUUGGUAAAAGGGAGGUAGCGCAAAGUAUUGACUAAAAGGGUGCCAAUAAUUGUUGCACACCUAUAUUUAACAAAGAUAUAUUUUUGAUAAACCUAUAUUGUGUUUGCAGUUGUUUGAUAUCCAUGAGAGCAGAGUAUUUUUGUGAAUUUUUUAAACAAAAGGUUAAACAAUAAAUACAAAUUUUCACAGUUUUCUUUGCUCAAAUUUACCAAGGGUGCCAAUAUUAGUGUAGGUCACUAAACCUGAGAUUAAAAUAAAAUAAAAAAACUGUGACUUUAAAGUAUGUCUCUGUGU